GGUUCAAACAAGCACUUUCUUUCUUUAUUUCUAUCCAUCUUCAUACUUUGUACCAAUGAACUAAGGUACUCUUGCUCUUCUACCAAAUGCAGAAAAUCAUGUCUAUAUCUGCGCUUCUGCUAAUAUUCCUAUGUCCAUUUUCAACCUUAGCAGCAGCCUUUAACGAUGAAGACCCAACUAUUAGAACAAUGGAGGAUUUUUCUGGGUACCCAAUUCAUGAAUCUCACUCUUUCAUCUCAAACACUCUUUCUUCUUCACUAUCUGUGGAUGCUCAAAAUUUGCAGAGUCAGAUUGAUGAACUUUCAAGGCUUUCGGAUACACCUGCCCCAUCAGUAACCAGGGUUUUGUACACUGAGAAGGAUGUAUUGGCCCGAAGAUUCAUUAAAAACGUGAUGGGACUCUCUGGUCUAUCUGUUAGAGAAGAUGCCGUUGGUAACAUCUUUGGUCGAUGGGAAGGUCAUGAGCCAGAGCUUGCUGCAGUUGCUACUGGUUCUCACAUUGAUGCUAUUCCAUACUCUGGAAAGUAUGAUGGAGUGGUUGGUGUUUUAGGCGCAAUAGAAGCCAUAAAUGUACUGAAAAGGUCCGGAUUCAAGCCUAAAAGGUCUCUUGAAGUUAUCUUAUUCACUUCAGAAGAACCUACACGCUUUGGAAUCAGCUGCCUGGGAAGCCGCUUAUUAGCAGGGAGCGAGGCACUAGCAGAAGCUCUGAAGACAACAUUUGAUGGUCAAAACUUAUCCCUUCUCGAUGCUGCAAGAUCUGCCGGCUAUGCCAAAGAUCAAGAUGACUUAUCUAGUGUGUUUCUGAGGAAGGGUUCGUACUCUGCUUUUGUAGAGUUGCACAUUGAACAAGGCCCCAUUUUGGAGGAUGAAGGUAUCUCAAUUGGCAUAGUAACAGCCAUUGCAGCCCCUGCAAGUAUAAAAGUGGAAUUUGAAGGAAAUGGAGGCCAUGCAGGUGCUGUCCUAAUGCCAAAUAGAAAUGAUGCUGGACUGGCGGCUGCAGAAUUAGCAUUAGCUGUUGAAAGACAUGUCUUGGAAUCUGGAUCGAUAGACAGUGUUGGUACUGUUGGUAUAUUGGGCCUUCAUCCUGGAGCAAUCAACAGCAUCCCUAGUAGAUCACAUCUUGAAAUUGAUACAAGAGACAUUAAUGAAGAUCGAAGGAACAUCAUCAUUGAGAAAAUUCAUCAGUCUGCAAGUGCAAUAGCCAAAAAUCGCCAAGUUAAGCUAACCGAAUUCAAAAUUAUAAAUCAAGAUCCACCAGCACUUUCUGAGAAAUUGAUAAUUAAGGCAAUGGAAGAAGCAUCAAAAGAGCUUAAUCUUUCACACAAGUUCAUGAUUAGCCGAGCAUACCAUGAUUCAUUGUUUAUGGCUAGAGUAUCUCCGAUGGGUAUGAUCUUCAUUCCAUGUUACAAAGGUUACAGCCACAAACCAGAAGAAUUUUCAUCCGUGGAUGACAUGUCUAAUGGGGUCAAGGUUUUAGCACUUACUUUGGCCAAGUUGUCUCUAGAACUACGAUAACCACUGUUCAAAGUCAUUGUCUUCUUAACACUAAUCCUUUGACCCCUUUGUGGGCCAUAGUGACUCCCUGUUAAUACUUCAAAUAAGUGGGGCGAGUGACUCAGUUUAUUUGCAACCUCAUUUUGUGCUA